AUGAUAAAUGGAAUAAAAUGUUUUGGGUUACAGAAGAAAGGAUAUUUUACUGCAAUUGACCGAAAACUAAGAGAAGUUCCAUAUUUAUCUCGUUAUGUCAUAUUAGAAAACCAAAAAAAAAAACCAAGAUAUGUAUCCGAAUGUGCAGGCACUCCAAGAAGAAGCUAUCUUUAUAAUACAUUUGAUAAUAUAAGAUAUAAACCAACAUUUAAUCCAUAUGUUUAUCUAAAUAAGGAUAAAAAAUAUAGAUUGGAUAAUUGGGAAUCGAGAAAUCACGACAAUUUCAAUCCCAUAAAAUGUUAUGUUAGGGGAAGUAGAAAAAGUUAUGAUGUCCCUUAUGCCAUAUUACCUUCCAAAGAUGAACUUGGAAACUUCCACCCACCAGUACUAUCUGGAAGAUAUAAGGCAGACAUUGAAAAGCAGUAUUAUAUGAACGAUUUGCCAUGGGUAUGGCAUAAAAACUUUUACACAGGAACGAACCAUUUUUGCGACAAUAUGGUUGUAGGGAAAAAGAAAUGGUAUAGAAAAGAAAAACAAAAUGAGCAAAUAAAAGAAUCGAUGAAAAAAAUAAAUGAUCUUGUGCUGGAAUAUAGAGAAGAAUGCAAAGGGAAGAAGAAAUACAACUUUUUGGAAAAAGUUGUUAAUACAUUGGGCGAAGAAAUUGCACACAAAUAUAUUAGAAAAAUUAAAAACAUUUAUUUAUAA